CUUCAGUUUCAGUAGCACUUUUGCAUUGAAUUGACCAACCGGACGGUUUAUACGUGCGAAUUCGUUUCAAUAAGCUAUACACAUACGAAACGCGAUUCAAGUUAUAUUUGUUUUAAGUUUUUAAAGCUUUAAGUUAAUUAGCAAUGUUUGACUGAGCCGAACGUCUACCAUAGUGCAACUUGUUGAAUGUUAAUUUAAUUUAAUUGAAAGAAGAAGAAAAAAGAACAGAAUUAUGAAGUCGUCCAUUGUGAUUUCUUGUGUUAUUGUGUACUUUACGCUAUUAGAUACGGUUAACGGUCAAGGGGAACAAUGCUAUACACCUAAUAACCAAAGGGGCGUCUGCGUACUUCUACCACAAUGUCCGUACUUAAUACAAAUAUAUGGCAACAAUCCACGAAACAAUCAAGUGAUAAACUUUUUGAUCGGAUCACAGCGAAAUUGUGGGAAUAGAGCCAUACAAAGAAAUCCAAUCGUUUGCUGUAGUCAGCCGGUUUACGAUACACAAGCUCCAUUAACAACUACUACUUCUACUACUACUACGACUACUACUACACAAGCACCUAAUUUGUCCCGUCAAACAGGUGCCUCUUGCAUCGGUCCGGACUUAAGGCCGGGUGUUUGCAUAAGUAUCCGUGAUUGUCCAUCCGUUUCAGCUGCAUUUAUCGAACGACAAAGUGAUCCGGUUUACUUGGAGUACAUUCAAAAUUCGAAUGGAAUUUGUAACUAUGUGAAACCGUUUGUUUGUUGUCCAAACGAAGACGAUGUUCCACUUCCACUCACACCGGAAACAAAUGCACCAGUCACACGACCACCGCUUGUUAAUGGCAAACCGAGAUUGCUGACAACGGAAGAAGGAUGUGGAUUUUCGAAUGUAACUCAUACGCGAAUCGUUGGAGGUGGACCAGCUAAAAUGGGGGCAUGGCCGUGGAUGGCUUUAGUUGGCUAUACAAACGAUCUGGGUGAAUUGGGAUGGAAAUGCGGAGGAACACUCAUUACUUCUAGGCACGUUUUAACCGCUGCACAUUGCAUUAAGAGCACACUGACAACGGUUCGAUUGGGCGAGCAUGAUCUUGGUAGCGAAACUGAAACGGAGACUGUUGAAAUUCCCGUUGUUAAAGUAGCUAGAUACCCACAAUAUACCACGAAGGACGGACACAAUGACUUGGCAGUAUUAUAUCUGGAAAGAGACGUUGAUUUCACAGAUACCAUUCGUCCCAUUUGCGUACCAACCACCGAUCCAGUGCGAAGCAAAGAUUUUCUCGGCUAUCAGCCGUUCGUUGCCGGAUGGGGGCGAACACAAGAGGGUGGUGAUUCGGCAAACGUGUUACAGGAACUGCAAAUCACUGUUCUAUCGAACCAAGACUGCAAAGAGAAGUAUAAAUUGAUCGGAAAAUUGGUGUCGGAACAGCAAUUCGAUUCGGCGGUGAUGUGUGCUGGUGAACUCAUCGGGGGAAAGGAUUCGUGUCAGGGUGACUCGGGUGGUCCACUUAUGCAGCCGCAAACACUGCGUGGUAAAACUUAUUACUAUCAGAUUGGCAUUGUAUCGUAUGGUAUUGGCUGUGCGAGAGCUAAUGUUCCUGGCGUUUAUACACGAGUACAAUCAUUUGUCGAUUGGAUCCAAGAGAAGAUUGCGGAGUAAAAAAGCACACAAAAUUCUAGUUAUUUUUUAAGAUUUUUUUUUAAAUAAUUUUAUUUGACAUAAAAUGUGCGUAUUUUUACAAUAAAUUAUUUUCUAAGACAA